GAGAAUUGAUCUCAUUCUCCGAACAAGAGUUGGUGGACUGUGAUACAUCUUACAACCAGGGAUGUAAUGGAGGUCUCAUGGAUUAUGGGUUCCAGUUCAUCAUUAAGAAUGGUGGAAUCGAUACCGAAGAUGAUUACCCUUACAAGGCUAAAGAUAACAAAUGUGAUGUCAACAGGAAAAACUCCCAUGUAGUGACUAUUGAUGGGUUCGAGGAUGUGCCCGUAAAUGAUGAGAAGGCUUUGCAGAAAGCUGUGGCAAACCAGGUUGUCAGUGUUGCCAUUGAAGCUGGUAGCCGAGCUUUCCAACUCUACAAAUCGGUACAAUCCCUCUCCUUACUCUAGUAGUUGUUAUCUGAG